AUGGACGAUGUGGACGACAUCUGCGACUGGCUGCUAGGCUCAGACGACGACGAGGCAGCAGAGCUCAAUGACAGCGUGGGACGCAUGCAGCGGCGCAAGAUGGAGACGGGCGCCCCUGCAGCCACCUCCGCUGCCGCUGCGCUCCCCCGCAUGUCCUCCGCGCCUCCCACGUCUGUGUUCCUCGCGACCACCAUGGCCACGCCCUCCCGCGCCUCCUUUGACGCACCGCGGCCCCAACGCGCCUCGUGCGACAUGCAGCGCCCUCCGCGGGCCUCCUUCGAUGCCGCCCGCCCGCCGCCCGCCUCCUUUGACGCCCCCCGCGCGCCGCUGCCCACCGUGCCCGAGGGCGGCGACCGCGCGGGGGUGCUGUCCUGGCUGGCGGGCUGGGGCAAGCUGGCCGAGGAGCAGGGAUGCGGCGCAGACACGCCCUGCUCCAGCUCCGACGCCCCGCAGCAGCGGGCACCCAUGGCGGCGCCGCCGCCGCUGCACCACGCGCGGCCCAGCCGCCCCGCGGCCAUGGCAGCCGGCAGCGCCCUGUUCAGCAUCAGCUGUGUGUCCAGCGGCGGCCAGGCCGGGGCGUCCGGCUCGCCGCCUGCCUCGCCCUUCAAGGCCGCGGCCUUCCUGGCCCCGAUGGCGCAGCAGCCGCAGCAGCACAUGGCGGACUGGUCCUCAGAGUCGAGCGACAACUCCUUCUCCCGCCUGCACAGCGACACCAGCGCCCACCGUUGCAGCGUGGAUGAGCAGAGCAGCUCCUGGUCUAGCUGGCUGGCCAGCGGCGCCACCAGCCACCACGUGCGCUCGCCCACCCCCGUCCCCGCCCGCGCCAGCAUGGACGGCUGGGCCGACAGCGGCUGCUGUGCCGCCUUUGACACCCUCGGCUUUGGGUGA